AUGGGGGGAAGCUGCUCUGGGUUGUGGGUGAUGGAGACAGGACAGUCGGACACAGACAUGCAGCCCCUCACCUGGUUCUCUGCUGCGACCACCACAGGCUGUGUGUCCCGGGCCAGGGAGCCUCAUUUGGGCACCGUGGGGGAUGGGGUGCUCCCCAGCCAGAGGGCCCCUCCCAGCUUGGCCCUCCUCUCCCCUUCCCAGGCCCCACAGCCCAGGGCAGAGCUGGGUGUUGUCCCCGCUCCACCCCCAGACCCUGGAGUGUUGCUGCUGCCUCUGUGUACACCGGGGUCCCUGCCCGUCCUCCGGGGUCCCCCCAGCAGGUGCCGCACCCCCACAUUCCCACAGGCCCCUCAGGCUUCCUGCUGUCCCCGUUCCCACGUUCCCCUCCCCACUGGCCCUCAUCCGGUUCCCCAGCAGGGCCUGCGUCACCAGCCAACACGUGCCAGGCACAGGGGUGUCACCCACCUGAACUUGGGGUGCAGGGAGAUAGCCGGGGCUGCUGGGCCCCAAGGCGACAUCCACCCAGAGGCCAACCUCGGACCAGCAUUCCCGGCUUGCUCUGCAUCGUGCCAGGCCCUGGGCCCGCCGGGUCCCCUGCAGACCCCAUCCUGUUCCUACGGCUCCUGGGUGCCCUGUGGGCGGUGGGCCAGUUGA